UAUUUGCAGUGCAAUAGGAAAGACAUGUAAUUUCAGCAGAUCCACACUCACAAGAAUUAAAAGCACCCUUACACACACACACACACACACACACACACACUCUCUCGUAAAGUUAGAAGCACAACCCAUAAACCAUCAUUGUCUCUCUCUCUCUUUCUUUUUUAACUUUGGUCAUGUGGUUCUUUUCUUUCUUUGCAAACCAUGCAUAUGGAGGACACUCAUCAUUCCACUCUGUAAAAUAUCCAAUCCUUGGUUCCCUUGAUGCUUGACACCAGAGCUCUUUCAAUCAUUUUCAACACUCGGGUUGAGUCAUACAACAAAGUGAUAAAAGAAAUGGAGGUUUCAUUGAACUCUUGGACUACCCAGUUGUUUGUUUGGUGAGUCUUUGUAGUUUUGGGGGUUUCAAGAAAUUUUCAGAAUUUGGUUUUUUAAGAAGAGCCAUUUCGAGCUUGUUUGUGAUCUGUGAAGUCAUUUCUUUGAUGGGUUUUGUCUAGGGCUAGUAUUUGUAGUUAGAUAUAGAGGGGGAAAGCAAGGAAUCUAUCGUUUACCAUGUUUUUUUUCUCUUUAAUUCUCUGUCUGUACGAAAAAAAAUUCAAAAAUUUCUCUUUGAACCUGUGUUUUUCUUGUAUUUUUGCAAACCAAAGAAACAUUUAUCCUUUUUAGGUAUUUUAGAGUGAACUUUAAAUCUGGAAUCUGAUAUUGAAGCAAGUUCCAUUUCUUCUAAGUUGUACUUCAUGCAAUACAGUGACUAUUGCAAUUCAUGUUGUUGAUAUAUAUAUAUAUAUAUAUCUUCAGUUCAACAUUUUGGGUUUUAACUUUGAAACCUUUUCUUUUGUGGAUUUCUGAAAUGAAACAAAUUUCUUGAAAUUUCAAUUCUUCUGUCAUUUUCGAGAGAAAUGGAUUUUCUGUCAUAAGGAAAGUUUAGGCAUUGGGUCCAUAAUAUUGCUAUUUUCACAGUAAAUGGCGUAUUUUGAGUAAAUUGUGUUUUGAAAUCUUGUUGAAAUGGCUGAAAUCAGAGUUACAAGGUUAGACCAGGGUCAAACCAAGGUCAGAAAUGUUCCAAUUGCAGUGACCCCAGAAGGAUUCUGGUGUUGCCCUUCACCUGUUGUGUUUCAAAAGACCCUCAAAACACAAAACCCUUUGAACAAGCCCAAACCAUCCCCUUCAGCACCCAAGGCCUCUUCCCAAAAGAAACAAACUCCAUUAACCGAGAAAAAACCAACAUCAAAUCCAUCACGACCAGGAAUUGUGUCCAAUGAACAAAUAAAUCCCGUCUCUGAUACACCUAUUGUUAUUGCACCAGUAGUUACUGAGAGAAUGCCACGACCCAAGGUUGAAAAUUUACCAAGGAAGGUGUCAAUUGAGUUUGGUGAACCGAGAACCAGUGAUUUGAAGGUAGUUUUGCAUGGCAAGCAGGGUUUUGCAGUGAGGUUGAGUGUUCACAAGAAUAUUCUUGUAGAGAAUAGCAGUUUUUUUGCGGACAAAUUGUCUGAACAGCAGUACUCAGGUUUACCGUGUCUUGAAAUUGAUGAUUGUGAGGAUGUAGAAAUAUAUGUUGAAACUGUGGGACUGAUGUAUUGCAAAGAUUUGAAACAGCGGCUGAUUAAGCAAAAUGUUUCACGUGUACUGCGAAUCCUGAAGGUUGCAGAACAGCUUGGGUUCAACUUGUGCAUACAGUCAUGUUUGGAAUACUUGGAAGCCACCCCUUGGGUCGGUGACGAAGAAGAGGAAAAGGUGGUUUCUUCAGUCCUCCGUCUUCAAGGGGAGGGUAUUGGGGUCAACCCCGUCUUAAAACGAGUGUCUUCCAAUACUUCAAAUCCCCCCAAAGACACAAUUUCUCACAUAUUGGAACUUGUGCUUAAUAGCAACGAGGAGAGAGGCCGACGUGAAAUGAAAUCUGUAGUCCUGAAGCUACUUAGGGAAAACAGCUGUCUUCCAAGCUCGUCAGGCGUGGCUGACAUUUGCAAUGAAACAAUUUACAGCUCGUGCCGAAAUUGCUUGAAUUCACUGUUGUCUCUGUUCAGACAAGCUUCACGUGCAGAGUUUGCAGAUAAACCCAUGGAUAGCAGAGAACCCGUGGUGAAACAGAUAGCUCUAGAUGCCGAUAACCUCUCGUGGUUGCUUGAGAUUUUAGCAGACAGGCAAGCAGCAGAUGAGUUUGCGGUAACAUGGGCUAGCCAGGAAGAGUUGGCGUUGCUUCACACAAACCUUCCAAUUGUGUCUCGCCACCACGUUAGCUUCAUCACAGCAAGGCUUUUCAUUGGAAUUGGAAGAGGUGAGUUGCUUCCAUCCAAGGAUACACGUCAUUUGUUGUUACAAACAUGGUUAGAACCGUUGAUUAAUGACUACGGAUGGUUACAACAUGGGCGGAGAUCGUUUGACCGGAAGCUCGUGGAGGAGGGAAUUGGGAGGACAAUCCUCACACUGCCGCUAGAGGACCAGCAGAGAAUCUUGCUUGGUUGGUUGGGAAGUUUUUUGAAGGCAGGUGAUAAUUGCCCUAAUCUUCAGAGUGCUUUUGAGGUAUGGUGGCGGAGGACUUUCAUUAGACCAUAUGUCGAGCAAGGGAAUCUAAGUACUAAUGUGAGUGAGGGAAGCACUUGAACUUGAAAGGAAUGAGAUCUAGCUGGUGAACUGUUUGAAGUUAAAAGAGUGACAUGAUUUGGAUAAUUUCUUCACAAGAAAUUCCGAAAUGGGGAUGGUGAAUGUGGGUUUUUUGAGUGCUUGAUGUUGUAGAAAUUUGUGGCAGGAAUGUAAUAUCAAGAUCUUUGGUUGUGUGAAUUUGAUUUUUGUUCAUAGCUGGACUGCUAUAAUUUAAAGAGAAUGGUUUUUCUCCUAAUUGAAAUUUAGUUAUACAUAGUUUUGCGUAGUUUGUUC